CGAGAAGCCGUUAUUCUCCUGGUCUCUGGAAAGCAGGGAGCGCCUCCAGGAGCAAGGAGGAUGGCGACAGCAGCCAGACUCGGCGUCCUGCUGCUGGGCUGCCUGGGACUCCUGCAGCCAGCCGGUGCCCGGCACAUAGACUACUGCCCCCAGGGCUGGUCCUACUACAAGUCCAGCUGCUUCAAGUACUUCAGUCAGCCUCAGACCUGGGACGAGGCUGAGAGACACUGUCAGGCCAGCUAUACUGGUGCCCAUCUGGCUUGGGUGGAGGAGCCCCGGGAAGCAGCCACCUUGAAGAGGGUCAUCUCCUACUACCAGCGAGUGCAGCCUGUUUGGCUUGGCCUACACUAUGGGCAUGAGAGCCAGGCCUGGCAGUGGGCAAGUGGGGCCAGGUACAGCACCAGCAAUGGGCUGGCUGGGAAUGGCGCCCAAGGGGGAACCUGCGGAGUGCUGACCCACCUCAGUGGCUUCACCGUGUGGUCCAGCACAGACUGUGCCCAGAAGCAUCACUACAUCUGCAAGUUCACCCCCACACAGUGAGCACAGCCCUGGGCCCAUGGCAGGGCCAUGCACCAGCAAUGCCCCUGCCUUGCUACCUCUGCUCCUCUUCCCCUCAACCCCUAAAAAUAAAUGUCAAUGAAA